GCGCGCACAACCGCAGAUGCGCGGCGAAACAGCGCGGGCGGCGGCCGGUUUCAGACGACCAAGGGCGCAGGCGCAGCAGCGUAGCCAAGUGCCGCGCCUCUCCGCUUCGUGUGCAUCCCAUCCAGGCCUGCCUGCCUCCUGGCACUGGUGCUGGUGCUGGUGUCAUCCGCCUUUUUGCAUACACGCACUUGCACUUGUGCUGGCCUGGUCGCCGCGCCCUUCCGCACCAAGCAUGUUAGCCGUGGCGUACCACCAUCAUCGCCGUCUGCCAUCAUCCUCCCAUAUAGUCGCGCCACCUCGAUUGCCUGGGUUUCCUUGGGACAGCGACACACUGGAGCCACACCUCCCGACCCUCGACCCCUCCUCCUCCUCCUCCAUGGGGCCGCCGCCCGCCGCCGCCGCCCAUCCAUAACAGACACGCCCGCCACCUCGCCCGCUGCCGCUGCCCACAGCCCACCAUUCUCGACAAGAUGCGGCCUGCGCGACUCGCCCGCCUGCCGUGGCAGUUGACCUGCCUCCUGCUCGCCGCCCGCGCCACAGCCGACAUCGCGCCCUCCAACACGUCCACCGCCCGCCCCGAUGUCAUGAACGGCACCCUGCCGCUGAUCCACGCCGACGGCGUCGACCGCACCGUCGCCGACCUCAUCCCCUUGACGCAGCAGGCAGCCAAUUCGGUCAAGGGCAAUCUGUACAACACCAACUUCUCCAGCGUCGCAAACAUCUCGACCAACGAUAUCGCCUACAUCAGCUGCAACCCCAGCGACUACGCGGGCUUCGACAAUGCCCAAGCCGUCUUUGAGCAGGCCUACCAACAGGCCAACAUCUCGGCCGUCAUCCUGUACAGCACCGCGACCGACUACUGCGACUACCAGCCCCGCAGUUCCCAAGAGAUGAUGCAGCUCUUCCCCGUCUACUCCAUGACGCACAAAGACGACUCGGGCUUUGUCCUCCGAGCCAUCGACGGGCUUUCCCCCGACAAGAAAUACACUGUCCGUGUCCCAGGAAAUGGCAAUGGCAACGGCAAUACCGGUGGCGAUCAAGACCAGACACAGAACCCACUGGGCCCCUCGCCGUCGACGGCCGUCGCUAUGAUCAUUCUGUACAGUAUCACCGGAAUUAUCACGGCUCUGUUCCUCGUCAUCAUCGUCACGGGCGCAGUGCGAGCGCAUCGCCACCCCGAGCGCUACGGUCCACGAAACGUGCUUGGACGGCCGAGGCAAAGCAGGGCGAGGGGGCUGGGCAGGGCGAUUCUCGACACUAUUCCCAUUGUAAAAUUUGGGGAAAAGGAGCAGGCCAAGCCUGCCGAUGUUGAAUUGGGCUCGACAGCCGAGAUAAGAGACGUGAAUGGAGCGCCUGCCACCGCCAGCAACGAAGAUGCAAACCAUGCUACAACAUCCGCCCAAGCAGCCCAAGCGCCGCCGCCGCCAGCCACGGAAGGCGCGGCGGAAACACGACAAGAAGCGGCCCCUGCAGAGAUUGAGGGUAUUGCUCCAGCACAGCCUGCUGGUGUAGCGGCCGCAGCGGUCGCCGAUACGACUUCGAACGACCAAAGCCUGGUAUGCUCCAUCUGUACCGAAGAUUUCGAAAAGGGCCAGGACCUCCGCGUUUUGCCUUGCAACCACAAAUUCCAUCCCGAAUGCGUCGAUCCAUGGUUACUCAACGUUUCGGGUACCUGCCCGUUAUGUCGUGUCGAUCUCCGACCGGUAGAUUCCCAGGAUUCUUCCGCCUCACGAGCAGAAGGCGAACUUGCUCCGCCGCUCAACCCGGAAGCAGAAACCUCACACCGGCGCCGCCACGCACUCCGUGAUGUCCUCUCCUUCCGCCACUUACCAAAUGCCUCGGCCGAAGAGCGCAUCGGUGCUCUGCGACGUCUGCGAGAGCAACGGAGAAACCAGAGCGGCGAUCUCCAUCCGGAAAGCGCAAACGCUAGCGCAGAAAACGUUGCCAAUGCAAGAGAUCGGAGAAGCAGGAGGAUCAGCUCCCGUCUCAGCGAUGUCUUUACGGCCCGUGCGCGCAGAGACCGAAGUGAUACCAGCCCAGCGGCCCACCAGCGAGAUACUGCGACACCAGAUGGCGCCGAUGGCCCGAGUGCUGCGCCGUCUAGUCACUCUCAUACUCAAAGUUGAAGUCUCAUCUUUGUUAAUUUGAUAGUUUUAGUGUAAACCCAUAUACCAUAUCAUAUGAUUGAAUGAUUUCUAGUGGUGAAUUUUAUCAUCGAUGAAUAUGGAGUUGGUUUGUAUGUACUUUUAGAACAGACACAGACACAGACACGUGUUAGAAAAUUAGUGUAUAGUAGGUAGUUCUACAUGGAUUCAUCUUCACGAGC